GCAUGAACAGACGCUGAUGCAAAACAUGGCCAACACUACGAGGAGGCAUACAGAUAAGGCGUGGGAUGUUGCUUAGCAUGUCGUGUCACUAAAGUUCCACUUCUACACAUUUCACUUUUUACGACUUUAACCACAAUUAUUCAUUCUCAAUGGCCUCUAACGCUGCCUGCAUCUUUUGCCGCAUCAUCAAGCGCGAAAUCCCCGCCAAGGUUCUAUUCGAGACCGAGCAUAGUCUGGCUUUUCUCGACAUUGGACCUCUCAGUGAGGGUCACACUGUUGUGAUCCCAAAGUACCAUGCACAGUUCCUACACGAGCUUCCUGACUCUGAGAUGGUUGAUCUAUUGCCCACCGCCAAGAAAGUUGCUCAAGCCAUUGGGUGCAAGGAUUACAACAUCCUGCAGAACAAUGGGCGCAUUGCUCAUCAGGCUGUCGAUCACGUCCAUUUCCAUGUUAUUCCCAAGCCUUCUGAAGAUGAGGGGCUUACUAUGGACUGGAAGACGAAAGAGACUAAUAACGAAAAACUUGAAGCCCUUCGCAAGACCUAUCUCAAGCUUUAAAGAGAGGAAGAUAGACAAGUUUCCCUUUUUUGCAAUACGACAAAGAAAUACAAACAGAAUAGUCUAGUGUCUCUCGGACGUGUACUCAAAAUCAUGCAGAAUGCAGAAAAUGUUAAUACAACUUUAUAACAAAGGUGCGUGGCUAGACCCAGCCCUUUCUAUCUUGAAU